ACAAAUGGGUGGCUAAUGAAUGCUCUCAUUACUAUCACAAUAACGAGCCUCCAUAUAUUUGGAUGCACCCUUCAGGUGUACCAGCAUUACCCAUAGGUGAGUGCCACCUAUUGGCCCACCAGUUACACUACGGGUCACAUAUGCCAACAAAUGACUUGAUCAAUACUAUAAGGGAAAUGUACUGGUGCCCAGAUUUAAAAGAUAUUUGUAAAGCUGUGGUCAAUACUUGUAAUGUUUGUUUUACCAACACCAGUCAUCAAACUCCAAGGAUUCCUCCUGGAGCGAUUCCAAGGCCUGCUGGCCCCUUCAGAGAAUGGCAUAUCGAUUUCACGGACAUGGUAACUCCUUGCAAAGGAUACAGGUCGGAGAUCUAGUCUACAAGAGAAAUUUUACUCGUAGCCGUUGGGACCAACCUAUAUAUUCCGGUCCUUUUAAAAUACAACAGCUCUCCCCCACUGCCGUAUUACUUGAAAACCACGGGACAUGGAUUCAUCUUUGAGACUGCUUGCCUUGUCCUUCUGUGUUUCCUACUUCCUCUCCACCCCCAUAACAGCAUUAUGGACUGACAAUGAACUUUUAAAACUGCACAGUACUGCUGCCAUGAUUGAAAAUAAGACUGACUGUUGGGUUUGCUCACAUAUUCCUACUCACAGCCUCGGUACCCCUAUCCUUGGGGUCCCCUUUACAUGGACUGAUUUUGAAGACAGAUAUGUGAUGGACUUUUCAACUCUUGAUCCAGAAUUGUCUAAAUAUAGGGAAAUUUCUGGUAAAGGUGAUGAAAUAAUGAAAGCACCCCCAGCUCUUAUUUUGGCAGGAAUAGUACGCCAUCCUUCAGUAUGUUUCACUGUUUUUAGUAGGAAAACACGGGUGACCAUUAAUGGUAAACAAAUAAGGAUUCCUAAAAUCCUUAUAGGAGAAACUACAUGUAACUCAACCGAUUUAAAUAUUACUCAGGUCCCCACACAUUAUGAAGCAGCCACCACAUAUGCACAUUGUGUUGAUGAAACAAAAGUAUCUUCUACUAUUGAGCCCUGCCUUUCUUGGGCCAAUAAGAGUUUAGAAUGGGAUUUAGAUUAUAUAGAUGGUCCUGCUCACUAUAACAUAAAAUUUUUAACACUUCAGAUAAGAAAUCAGGGUUUUCACCGCCCCAUGGUGCUUCCUUCAGGGACUUAUUACAUCUGUGGUAAGAAAGCCUAUGCAUGGUUGCCCAUGGGAGCCGAAGGUAGAUGUACUAUAGGAAAUGUAGUCCCAGCUGUUAGAACUAGAACAGAAUUAUCUGCUACCUCACUUAUUGAUACACACUCAUCCGCAGUUUUAAACCUUAAGAUACAGAAAAGGGAACUCUUUAAUGAUAAAGAUAAGGCUUGGGCUUUCUUCCCUGCCUUGACAGGUUGGGGAAUAGAAAUGAUGGCUCGCCUUAAUGAAUAUGCUUCCCUUCUUGACCGCAUGAUUAACAACACUGUAAUAUCGGUCCUUGCAAUUAAUGUAGAACUAGCUCAGAUUCGUAAAGUAGCCCUUCAGAAUAGAAUGGUCCUAGAUUACUUGUUAGCAGAACAAGGUGGAGUCUGUGUUUUAGUAGGAGAAGAAUGUUGCACCUACAUUAAUGACUCUGAAUCGCUGGUUGAAUCUCAUAUGGCCAAGGUUUUCGAAUUGCAAAAACAAGCCAGGGAUAUUUCAAAAAAUGGUUUUAAUCCCUUUACAUGGUUAGGUAAUAUUGGUGGAUGGUUAAAUGAUUUCCUUGGAAGUUUCUUUAAACCCAUCCUAGUUAUUUUAGCUUUGGCCCUUGGUCUGUAUCUUGUUGUUAAAGUAAUGAUAUGUGCCAUAAGCCGCUGUACCUCCUCCCCAGCUUCUGCUCUACUUUGAUUUACAUUUAUAAGAUAUAACUUUUCUCAGCCUUAUAGGGGAGGUUUGA